AAUUUUCGUUUUGAAAAUUUGCCAAAAAUUCCAUCUCUCUCGCCAAAAGGGUUUUUCUUCUCCUCUUUUUCAUCCCCAGACUCCCACCAUAGUUCAGACCCAUCAAGAACACCCACCCAAGCUUCAGCAUUUUCAAGUUGAAUCGUAAAAAUGGUGGAGUCAAGGGAUAGGCUAUUGAGGCCCAUUGAUCUUGCAGAGGUCUUCACUCGAAGACGUUCAGGGGCGCUUGGGGUUCUCUCUGAAGAAUCACAGAGGUUACUGGGUUCUCCUGUUCAGCAGUCACCUAUGCGCAGGGGAACUGGUGUGGGCGUGACUGGCACGGUCGGUGGCAGAGGGCUUGUUAGGAUGGGCUUGGGAACGCCGAGAUCCAGAAUUGGGCGUGGCCGGACUGUGUACCGGUCCCCACAAUUGGGCAGAGAGAAUUCGCCAGUGCAAGGAGGUUCUCGGCGCGGAAGAGGAAGGGCUACAGGCACUGUGUUACCUUAUUGGUACCCGACGACCCCUCUUCGUGAUGUCACAGCAGUUGUGAGGGCUAUUGAAAGGAGAAGAGCUCCUUUGGGAGAAGACGUAGGCCUAAUUGAGAGCCCGGAGCCUCAGGAUCAAAACCAAAGGGUUCUUAAUACGAAUUUACCACUCUCCGGAGCUGAACUUGAGCAAGAUUUGCGCACUCCUGCUCCAACUUCCAGGAAAAAGCCCCGUCCACCAUCAAUUCUUAAAGUUUCAAAGAUUCUGCAUGAUGUUACUAGUCAGAGUCCUAGGGAACCAGAAUGUCUCACUCCCCAGAGGAAACUUUUGAACUCCCUAGAUAAUGUUGAGAAAGUUGUGAUGGAGGAACUGCAGAAACUGAAACGUACUCCAAGCGCCAAGAAAGCAGAAAGGGAAAAGAGAGUACGUACCCUGAUGUCAAUGCGUUGAGCUUAACUGAUUUUUCUCUGCUAGAGAUUAGGGGGCAAGAUGUACCAGAAGGCUGAUCAUCAUCUGGUGAUACCUUAAUUAUUUUUUUCUCUGAUCAGAGAAAGGUAUUAGGGGGCAAGCUGCAUUGGAAAGUGCCUCAUCAUCUGAUGAUACAUAUUUGUCAACUGAUAUGGUAGACAGCUUCGACACAUUCUCUUGAUUGUAUUUCACCUCCCACUGAAGUUAUUCAUAUAGGACAUGUAGGCAAUUUUUCUUCAAUAACUGCUGAAGGUCUUUGUUGUUUUCAUACCUUCAUUCUUUGAAGGGAUCUGUUUUGGGUACACUUCUAAUUAAUUGUACAUACACAAAAAAUUGAAACUCCAUAUUCUUUAUUUUUUUUGGCUCUUCAAUGAACUUCAAAUCUGUAU